GUCGUCCUGACGGCGUUUCAACUGCAGAAAGAUGUGAAACUGAAAAGUUCUCCAGCUGAUCUGGUCACAGAGACCGACCAGCAGGUUGAGAAGAUCCUCAUCUCUGCCAUCAGGAACCGAUUCCCACAGCACAGGUUCAUCGGGGAGGAAUCUGUAGCUGCGGGUGAGCGUCUGGAGCUGACUGACAGUCCCACCUGGAUCAUCGACCCCAUCGACGGGACUGUGAACUUUGUACACAGGUUUCCUUUUGUGGCUGUCUCCAUUGCCUUCACUGUCAACAAGCAGACGGAGUUUGGGAUUGUUUACAGCUUAGUGGAGGACAAACUCUUCCACGCUCAGAGAGGAAGAGGAGCGUUCCUGAAUGGAGAACCGCUGCAUGCGUCUGCACAAGAAGACAUCAGCAGCUGUGUGGUGGUGACAGAGAUUGGGGCGGAGCGUGACGACCUUGCUUUGUCCACCAUGACCUCUAACAUCUUCAGACUGUUGAAACUGCCGGUACACGGAAUCCGUGCGUUGGGAACGGCAGCGGUCGACAUGUGUCAGGUGGCGACGGGCGGAGCUGACGCCUAUUACCACAUUGGGAUGCACUGCUGGGACAUCGCUGCAUCGGCCAUCAUCGUACAGGAAGCCGGAGGCGUGGUAAUGGAUACUGACGGCUCAGAGUUCGACAUGAUGUCACGGAGGGUCAUCGCUGCCAGCUCUGCCGCUGUGGCUAAUCGUAUCGCUCAGGUUGUCGAGGCGUUUCCCUGUCGCCGUGACGAUGAUGACCUGUGCAGAUGUGUCUGUGGAGCAUCAGGUGUAAACGGCGUGUAGGUCAGCUGACAGGAAGUCUGGCUCUGGUGUUUCUGCUGAGUGUUGUAGCUCCUGGCUGACACCAUGAGGACUGGUCUGUUCAGUCUGAAGUCUACUUCCUGAGCUGUGAGGACGCAGAGAGACACACGUUGGACACGUCACGCUGACCCUGAAAACAAAUCUGAUUUGAAAUCAAUAAAAGUGAAUCAAUAAAGAAGUCUGUGAUCUGUCAGUUCUCCUCAGUGUGACACAUGACACAUGUAUGUUACAGUCCCCCGUCUUUAACUCUCACACACACUGAUGCUUUUCACACGCCACACGUUCACUGGUGAGUCAUGAGACAGA